AUAUUUACUUGUUCUAGGACCUGCUCCUCCAAUUUAAAAUCAGUUUGGCCACUAAACACAAGCAGAUUUGCAGAUCACCAUGACUUCUUAACAGAAACCAAAAGGCCAAUAGAUACAGCCAUCUCUCAGCAAGCUUUUUAUAGUGGCGAAUCUGUGUCAGCAGUGGAAAAGCAAUACCUGCAUAACAGUAAUCUCACACCACAACAAAAAGUAGAUGAACUUUAUCAUGGAUUUACUGGUUUAGACCUUGAAGAACAAUGGAUGUACCCCUCUCGAAGUGAUCAUUCUAACUGUUACAAUAUUCAGACAAAUGAUACAGCUAAGACAACAUUCCAAGAAUAUCCAUUUAUCAAAAACUGUUUUACACCACAAACUGGUCUGUCUGACAUCAUGAAAGAAUCAGAAGUUGACACUUACCCUUAUGGAAGAGAGAAAAAAUGUGCUAAAGGUCUUGAAGCACCAUUACAGCAGAAAAGGGCAGAGAUAUUUCUUUCUCAAUUUAAUAGAUACAGUGAAAAUGCAGAUUAUUGUAGAUACCCAGAAUAUGCUCAUCCUAAUAAGGCUAAGCUUAAUAAAUGUUCAAAUUUUAGUGUCCAAGAUGGUAAAAAAUUAGCCAAUGGCACACCUGAAACACCAGCUGUAGAAGCAGACACCUACACAAAGUUAUUUCAGGUUAAACCAGCAAAUCAGAAAAAAAUGGAGGAGACAAUACCCGACCAGCAGAAUUUCACAUUUCCAAAAACUAUACCACAUCUGACAGAAAAACAGUUUGCAAAGGAAGCAGCAUUCACUGCUGAUUUUGUUUUAAAAUCAGAAUAUGGACUAAAACCUCACACAGCUUGUCCAGCUAAUAAUGAUUUUGCUAAUGUCACAGAAAAGCAACAGUUUGCUAAACCUGAUCCCCCAAAUUCUGAGUACUUUAAACCAGUGAAUUUAUUGUCAAACUCAGCAACAUCUUCAGUAAGUAUCAAUUUAAACAGACCAGCUUGGAUGAAUGUUCAAACAAAAAAUAACACUCCUAUUCUUUAUCGUAAUCAAGGUAACUUGAUGAAAUUAAAUAGUCAUUUAAGUGCAGCUUCAAAAGGUUCUAACCAUUCUUCAGAUUUCCCCCAACUAUCAUCCACAAAUUUAACCCCAAAUAGCAAUUUAUUUCAGAAGUAUUGCCAAGAAAACCCUUCAGCAUUUUCUAGUUUUGAUUUCAGUUACAAUGGUGCAGAAAGAAUUCAAUCUGUCAAUCACAUGGAAGGACUGACAAAGACUGGAGAAGAAAAUCUCUUUGAAUCUGUUACUGAUAAAAAAAUAAAGCAGCCAAAUGGAUUUUGUGAUAACUAUUCAGCUCAGCAGGAUGGGAUCAUUGAAAAUGUAAACAAACAUAAUUUUCAAGCCCAGCCCCAGAGUGGACAUUAUGAACCUGAGGAAGGUUCAAAGCAUUUAGAUGGUUUAUCUCAAAAUACAUAUCAAGAUCUGUUGGAGUCACAAGGUCAUUUUAAUAGCCACAGACAGGGAAGUGGAGACAACAACAUUAAUAGCCGUGUGAAUCGCACACAGGCAUCAUGCUUUUCUAAUAAUUAUAUGAUGGGAGAUUUAAGGCAUAAUCAGGGUUUCCAACAAUUUGGUUUAAGUGGGUUUCCCCUAAGAGCCACCCACCCAUUUGGCCAUUCAGUUGUUCCACUGCUGGAUUCCUAUGAUUUGUUUUCUUAUGAUGACUUAAGCCAUUUAUACCCUUAUUUUAAUGAUAUGAUGUGUGGUGAUCAUUCCUUUUCUGGUUUCGUGCCAACUUUUGGAUUUCAAAGACCAAUUAAAACCCGUAGUGGACCAGCCAGUGAACUUCACAUUCAUCUAGAAGAGUGCUAUGAACAAUGGAGAGCAUUAGAAAAGGAGAGAAAAAAGACUGAAUUAGCCCUUGCCAAGAAUUAUCCAGGAAAAAAAGUAUCCAGUACUAACAAUACUCCAGUUCGAAGGCUGACCUCCAACCCAUCUAGAGUUGAUCGCUUAAUUGUGGAUGAACUUCGAGAACAAGCCAGAGUAAGCUGUAAAAACAUCCAACAGUGGAUUUUUAAAUCACUCAAGUCCCAUUUCUUAGUCACAAACAUUUGUUUUUAGCUUGAUGAGCAAGCUGUGCUUAUAUUGUACAAGAUGGUAAAUUAACAGGGAAUUACCACAUUUCAUUUUCUCAAUCCUGCAUUCUUGAGUUAGUCAACAUACAUUUAAGUAUAUCCAGCAAUGCAUUAAAUACUGAUAAACUGGAAUAUGUAGGUAUACAUAAUUUUACAAAUUACCUUUGUUUUGGGAAAGUUAGUAUAUCACUUCAAAUCAAAUGUUAUAAAGAAUACUGAUGCUAAAUCAUCUUGUAAUUUAAUGAAUGAUUAUUCCUAUUAUUUCUUUUGUAAUUUCAGAAUU